CGAAUAAUCUUUUUUAACUCAGUCGUGCUAAUUCAAAAAUAUAGACGAUUUAUAUCCAUUUGCAUAAAACGACACUUGGUGCGAACCGAUAAGUACGCACGCGUGCAAAUGGUGACACGGACGGAUUUGUGAUAUUCAAGAAUUAUUUGACUUUCCGUCACUUAUCCGAUCAACUCUUGAAACUAUUUAUCCCUGCCGAGAGUAUAUACCUAGCAGUACGUUUCUAUUGCAUUCUGAUACUUGCAAAUUUGAUUUCCAUACGGAUAAUCCCGAAAAGGGAUUAAAAUACCUAAAACAGAGACCGAUACAUACGGCCCUGAAUUGCUAAGCCAUUAAGUGAGACAGGCGCAGAAUUCGCCGAGUAUCCGAGCAUUUCCUUGCGACCGAUGUUUCGCGGCUAGCAGCUGUUCCAAGAGACGAGCGAACCCCCCAUCGAAAUUUGGGUCAUGGAAACUGCGCAAAAAUAGCCCAUUGCUGCGAGACGAUCGCGUUAUUUGUUGAAAAAACAUUUUUAACCUUGCGAUUUUUAACUGUGUGCUACGAUAUACAAAACGUCGCGGAUUCUCGUCAUACGUGCUACAAUUUUCCAUGCAAAAUAUGCUAUGCGCUGUGACCAUUCGAUGUUUAUCUGUCAAUCAGCUUGACUGGUUACAAGCCAGAGAGAGCCACACGGAUUGGCUGGCAAACUUUAUUCGAUGAUUCGCGCGCGAAUUUCAAACAAAUUCAUCAUGUGGUGCUUGCACUUAAGCCCAUGACAGUCGAAUCCUGAAAGAUUAAAAUAUUAUCGAACGAUUGUUUGCAUGAGAUUGCAUAUAUAAUGUUUCCAACAUAAAAAUUGAUGGCAUGAAAAUAUGGAAGCAGAUUAGUCCUUUGUUGUAUCGAUGCCUUGCCACGUGACGCUUUACAAUUUAUAACCUACGAAUUCGAUCUUCAAAUUAAUAAAUCACAAAAACUAUUGUGUAUAAUAAUAUCAACAUAUUCAUAGAUUAUUUUGUCAAGAUGAUCAAAAAUGUUGUUGUCGGUAUAUCCGGUGGUGUGGACAGUGCAGUGACAGCUCUGCUACUUAAAAAUAAAGGGUUUAAUGUUAUUGGUGUGUUUAUGAAAAACUGGGACAUUAGAGAUGAAACAGGAAAUUGUAUGGUUGAAAAGGAUUACAAUGAUGCACAAUGGAUUUGUAAUAAACUGAAAAUCCCUUUAGUACAAGUUGAUUUUGUAAAAGAAUAUUGGAAUGAAGUCUUUAGUGAUCUUGUGGAAAAGUAUCAAACUGGGUAUACUCCAAAUCCAGAUAUUUUAUGCAAUAAGAACAUCAAGUUUAAUAAAUUUUUUCAUUUUGCACGUAAAAAAUUUCAAGCAGAUGCAAUUGCAACAGGUCAUUAUGCUAAAACAAGCUUUGGAUCUUAUCUAGAAAACUAUGAAGCAGACACAAAUGUACACUUGUUGCAAGCCCGUGAUAGUAAUAAAGAUCAAACAUUUUUUCUACAUCAAAUACCACAACAAACUUUGAGAUGUUGCAUGUUUCCUCUUGGAAAUUAUUUGAAAAGUCAUGUCAAAACAAUAGCCAAAGAGGCAGGCUUGUACCAAAUAGCACAAAAAAAGGAAAGCAUGGGUAUCUGUUUUGUGGGAAAACGUGAAUUUCAAGAUUUUAUUUCAGAGUAUAUACAUGAUAAACCAGGUGAUUAUGUAGACCUAGAUAGUGGAUUAGUAAUAGGUAAACAUAAUGGCAUUCAUAAGUGGACAAUAGGACAAAGAUGUAAGAUCAGUGGUUGUCUGAAGCCCUAUUAUGUAUUUAACAAAGAUCAAGAAACAAAUACCAUUCUAGUGGUAAGUGGUACAACUCAUCCGGCAUUAUACUCUGAUUCCUUAAUUACGCAAGAUGUUUAUUGGAUGAAUGAGGAGCCGCAUGAAUUAAGUAAUGGCGGUGUGUUACACUGUGACUUCCGUUUUCAGCAUAGAAAUCCAUUAAUUGCUUGCACUAUGUAUAAGAUGUCCAACAAUCAUUUGUUUAUCCGCCUUAGCAUAUCUUUAAGAGCGAUUACAAAGGGUCAGUAUGCUGUUUUAUACUACAAAAAGGAAUGUUUGGGUGGCUCAAUGAUAUUAUAUCCAGGACCAUCUCAUUUUGCGCUUAAUCGGCAACAUUAGGUUGAAUUUAGUUCUAAUUUAGUAACAUCAAUUUUAAAUGUGAAUAAAUAUUAAUUAAUAAAGUAUAUUUUAUAUUAGUAAAAUUUA